AUGACUACGGAUUACAUAUCUCACACGCAAGUCCAUGCUUUUGACUAUGUCAUCGUUGGAGGGGGCACUGCUGGGUGUGUUUUGGCCAGCAGACUAUCUGAAUAUCUACCACAGAAAAGAAUACUCUUGGUUGAGGGUGGUCCAAGUGAUCUCCACAACGAAAAAGUUUUGAAGCUGAAAGAGUGGCUCACCCUAUUAGGAGGCGAGCUCGACUAUGACUACGGAACUACCGAGCAGCCCCAUGGGAACUCUCACAUCAGGCAUUCUAGAGCCAAAGUUCUUGGGGGAUGCUCUUCCCACAAUACCUUGAUCUCAUUUAGGCCAUUUGAAUAUGAUUGUCAAUUGUGGGAAAGUAUGGGCUGCAAAGGCUGGAACUUCAAGACUUUGAUGCGCUUGAUAGAUAAUUUACGCAAUCAAAUACAGCCAGUUCAUGAAAGACACCGAAACCAACUUUGUAAAGACUGGAUCGAAUCAUGCUCAACAGCAAUGAAUAUUCCAAUUUUAGAAGACUUUAAUCAUGAAAUCCGGCAGACUGGAGCCUUGUGCGAAGGGGUGGGGUUUUUUUCUGUAGCCUACAAUCCUGAAACUGCGACUAGAUCUUCAGCGUCUGUAGCAUAUAUUCAUCCAAUUCUUCAAGGAAAGGAAAUACGUCCGAACCUGACAAUCUUAACAAACGCAUGGGUUAGCCGAUUGAACUUACUAAAUAAGAGUGCGCGAAGUAUUAAUGUGACUCUCAAGUCUGGCACUAAACUUACCAUUUUUGCAAAGAAUGAAAUCAUCCUUUGCGCCGGAGCUGUUGACACCUGCCGACUCUUACUACUCUCCGGAAUUGGUCCCGCCAAGCAACUCUCCGAUCUUUCCAUCCCUAUGCAGCAUGACAUGCCUGGAGUCGGUGAAAAUCUCCUAGAUCAUCCAGAGACUAUAAUUAUGUGGGAACUCAAUACCUCUGUGCCGCCACAGACUACUAUGGACUCCGAUGCUGGGAUUUUCCUUCGGUACGAGCCCCCAGAUGCCGCUACGACCAGAACAAACUCAGAAUUGAAUCCAAAGGCUCUACCCGACGGAAAAAUAGCUGAUAUUAUGAUGCACUGCUAUCAAAUUCCUUUUUGUCUGAAUACAGCUCGACUUGGGUAUGAUGCUCCUUUGAACGCAUUCUGUAUGACCCCCAACAUCCCUCGCCCAAGGUCUCGCGGUAGAAUAUAUCUGACCUCAUCGGAUCCGACUGUGAAGCCGGCAUUAGAUUUUCGCUACUUCUCGGAUCCGGAAGGUUACGAUGCUGCGACGCUCGUUGCCGGGUUCAAAGCAGCUCGCAAAAUCGCCAAGCAAGCUCCAUUUUCGAACUGGAUACUGAGAGAAGUUGCACCUGGACCUACUGUACAAACAGAUGACGAGUUAUCUGCCUAUGGUCGCCAGGUUGCCCACACUGUCUACCACCCAGCCGGAACCACUAAAAUGGGUGCUGCUGACGAUAAUACGGCUGUCGUAGAUCCAGAACUAAAAAUUCGGGGAUUAAAAGACGUACGAAUUGCAGAUGCGGGCAUUUUUCCUGUCAUGACUUCUAUCAAUCCCAUGUUAACUGUCCUAGCAAUCGGAGAGCGAGCUGCAGAAUUAAUUGCCAUUGAUGCUGGUUGGAAUCCUGAAAAACGCGCGAGGCUUUAA